AUGGCGCGGGCGACCACCGUGGACGAUUUCCGUGUGCCGACUGACCUGGGCGUCACGCACGUGCUGCUCAAUGGCUCGCUGGCCCCCGCCGCCUGCUACCAGAUGCUGACAGAGACCGGCGUGCUGCCCGAGCCGACGGUGGUCAGGGACGACAUGGGUCUGGGUCCGGAGGGCCCGCCGGUGGCGCCUUGCCGCACGUUCUCGGUCGUCAAGUGUCCACCGCUGCGGACGCUGCCGGAAGGUGGGGACCCCGUCUUCACCUUCAAGCUGGACGAGGCCGAGAAAGCGGCACUGGCCGAGGCGGCCGCAGAGAAGCUGCAGGAGGAGAAGGCGCAGCGCAGCACGCCGGAGAAGUCUGCGCCGCCAAAACGUCGCGGCCAGCGGCGGGCCAACCGGCGGCGGCGCGGCAGCGAGGCCUCCCUGCUGGGCGAGCAGCGCAACACCGGCUCCUGCGGCGGCGAGUGCGACACCGACCUGGCCACCGCCAUCAAACAGGCGCUGCACCGGGACGACCCGGUCAUCUCGGGCCACCGCUGGGUGGUGCCGCCCGAGGGCGAGCUGACGCUCACCGUCAGCUUCCUGGUGCACCGGCCGGGCCGCUACCAGGCGCAGCUGGGGCUGGAGGCGGCCGGCACGCGGCGUCGCUACACGCUGCGCUGCUCCGGCGACUGCGUGCUGCCGCUCAUCAACCGCAAGAUCAAGACCCUGUACGCCAAGGUGCCGAUGCGUCUGGACGACCCCGGUGACGAGCACGGCGUGGCGUUCGUGCGCAGCUCGCGCACGCUGUCGUUCGGCCCGCUUCCACAAGGUCAUCUGGCGGAGAUCACUAUGGAGAACAUCUCUCCGCUGCCGGUGGAGAUCACCUUCUACCUCUUCAACGACACGUACAAGGUGCCGCCGUUCCAGGUAAACGCUUGCACCGCGGCCAGCUCGCUGGUCGCGGCUGAGGGGCGCGAUCUGUGUGAGGAUGGGGAGCCGCUGACACCUGUCGGGUUAAGCAUGCUGCCCCACGGCUACAGCUUUUUCUGCUAA